AUGGAACACCCAGCUUUCACACUGGCAGCUUUGACCACCAUGGGUGGGGCCAUGGGCUACGCCCGCAAAGGCUCCAAGCCUUCCCUGCUUGCAGGCCUAGUUUUCGGGGGCGUUUACGGGUAUGCUGGAUACCUGCUGCACAAGAACGCGGACGGCGGACUCGAAAUCGCGCUGGGCGCCAGUUCGCUCAUGCUUAUUACGGGAAUCGCCAGAGGCGUUCCUUCUCGCUUCAAGAAGCCCGUGCCUCUUGUGCUGACCAUCUUGGGUGGGCUGGGAACUUUCUACUACUACCGCAAGUACAAAGAGUUCUACCCCUAA